AUUUUGCGUGGAGAAGUCGAUGUGGAAAGAUCAAAGCGCUGAGCUAAGGCUGUAACCCAAGUUCAUUCUUUGCCCAUUGUUGCGAAGAUUUCAGUGAUCGCGAGUGAUCAUAUAGGAUUUCAGAAAGUGAUCUUGCAGUGCUCGAGAGUGUCUUAAGUCAAUUGCUUGAGAGGAACUUUAUAUUCAGUGGCAGUAAAAUGGCAAAUCGUAUGCUGGUUUACACAUUGACCUUUGCAACAGUGAUCGUUGCAUGUUCCGGCUCUGCCAUUCCAAUGUGGGAAUACCUGAGUCGUGGUGAAAAGAUGUCCCAUUUGUACUCGAUGUUCGCCAAACAAGUGUCGAGCUACUGCAAAACAAAUAGGGAUUUGGUCUCAAAACCCCAAUGCAAGAGAGAAUUGCUGACGCAUGGCUUGGAGAUGCUGCAGAAGAUGCCAGAGAGUCACCUGGAUUCGAUGGAUCCCUACCAGAGGGGCGCCAAUGAUAUAAUCUGGGACUCCAUGAUGGAGGGGCACUCGUCAAAGCCGCAGAAGAAGGAGACCAGCACCGCCAGUCCUAUUAUGCUGCCCGAGGGUGGGCAAUACGCCAAGAAUCCCCUGUUCGAUGGACUGGAGCCGGCCGUGAAGAAACCCACCACCCAUCAGGACUACGCCAUGGGAAUGGACUCAGACGUUGCCUAUCAGAACUACAGACUUCCCGAGGCCUCGUCGGACGUCUUCUAUUCUGACCCGACGAACUACCUCGCCCAGGAAGCGCCCACAAACCUUAGGCCGCUGUACGCCAAUCCUUCAGGAGUGUCCGAGUCGAACUACUUGACCGGACCGAUGGUGGUGCGAGUGAUGCCCGACGGCAGUCCUGUGGCUGAGGAUCGCCAUCGGAGGCUGCCGAAAGACGAUGAUCGCGAUGAGAUGACGAUUGGUCGAGCGCGUCUGCCAACGCUGGAUCAGAUCGCCAGAUCAUUCAGCACGACGCAGAAUCGCAUUGAUGAGCGCGCUGAAGUGGCGGCGACUCAGCCGACGGCCACUUUCAGACAUUAUCCCACAUACAGGACGAUCAGACGGAACGGUGGCGUCGUGACGUUCUACUAAGCAAUUGCUUAUUCUUUAGAAGAGCGCGCAUCUUGCCAAAUCAUCAUUAGACAUAAGGAGACAACUUAACCCUGAACUUUCUCGCGCGAGUUAAUUUAACUUAUACCUCAUCAGUCUUCCUCCUAUUUUUGUCCUUUAUUUAUUAGGAUAGAGGAAAGGAUGUGAUCCUGAGAGAAAGGUUCAAAUGAUCUUAUGAUCAAUUUUGCCACGCAUCCUUCCCACUUUUAGACUAUAAGCAUUUCAUUUAGAUUUUAUGAAUCAAAUGAUCUAGCGAUGUAUCUUUUGUGAUAAAUGAUCGAGAAAAGGUACGAUAGUGUAUUCCACAUUGUCUGGAAGAAACGAUUACUUAUUGAUAGCCUUAAGAAAUUCAGAAGUAAUAUUUUUUGGCUACCGUGAAUUUUUAAGAGCGAAGAAUGUGAUUUCUCCCUUAGAUUUUAAGCAAGUCAAUCAUGCAAUUUAGAUUUUAUAUGCUACAUAUGUGAAAUAAAACGCUAAUAUAAUUUA